AAUGUCUACCACCGAACAAUACUCUAUUGACUCUUCCGCUGUCAUUGCUGCCUUGGCUCCUGCUCUCUUGACCAAGUGUUCAACUGAAAAUACUGAAUAUAUGAAAUGUAAAUCAAAGAGCGAAAAUCCAGAAGAUUGUUUGAAGGAAAGCAUUAACUGUCGUAAAUGUGUCUUCAGUCUUGCUUCUGAAUUUAUGAACUCUCCUUGUCAACCAAAGUUCUCUACUCUCGUUGAAUGUCUGAGAAAGCGUGAAUAUGACUACAAAGAUUGUUAUCCACAAAGAAGUGCUUUUGAAUCAUGCGCUCACCACGUUUUGGGUGUUGAAUUCCGUCCACCAGUUAACCCAAAGAUUGAAUAAUUUAAUUAUUAAUAAUACAUCAACUAGCAAAACUCUAAAUUAUAAUUUCCUUGUAUAAUUUUUCUUCUUGGGUAGUUUCAUUAGGAUUGUAAAAUGUUCUCUAUUAUCUAAAUCAUAUUUUGAUGAUAAAUAAUCUUUACUGUGUUUCAUUAUGAGUAAUUGCUGGGUACUAUGAGUAAUUACAUCAUCAAUAAAAAAAAUCUUGAAAGUAAA